UUUGUUCUUUCCUCAGCCAUUAUUGUGUACAGAUUGCCCUGGACCUGGAAAUGCAGCAAACUCCUGAUGAAGUUCAUCCAUGCUGGGUUAAAUACCAUAGCUAUGAUUCUUGCAAUUGUUUCUAUGGUAGCCGUGUUUGAAUACCACAAUGCCAGGAACAUUCCUAACAUGUACAGUCUGCACAGCUGGAUUGGGCUGACUGCUGUUAUAUUUUAUUCUCUUCAGCUUCUCCUGGGUUUUGCUGUCUUUCUACUCCCUUUUGCUCCAGUUCCGCUUCGAGCUGCUCUCAUGCCAAUACAUACUUAUUCGGGCCUCCUCAUCUUUGCAACAGUGAUUGCAUCGGCUCUCAUGGGAAUCACAGAAAAGCUUAUAUUUUCACUGAAAAAUCCUGCAUAUAGUACAUCCCCACCGGAAGCAAUUUUUGUCAACUGUCUUGGUCUUUUGAUUGUAAUAUUUGGUGCGCUUGUUCUGUGGAUGGCAAGCAGGCCCCAUUGGAAACGCCCACCAGAAGAGCUUCCUGAAGUUUCACGGCGCAAUGGAGGGACCCCCGAAGGCACAGAAGCAGAGUCCACAAUGACAGAUUGUAGUAAUGCAGAUAGAUCUGACGUGGGCUUCAAUAGUGAAGCAGCCAGAAAACGAAACCUCAAACUUGAUGAAGCAGGCCAACGAUCAACUAUGUAAAGCAAAUAUACAGUAUAACUGUAUUACUAUGUUGCCAAAAAAUAGUCCUUCUCAUGCAGUUUUAUUGAUAUAGAAAUAGGUUGGGGUUUCAUUUUCAGUCAGGCUUGCUCAAAGGUAUUCAAGUUUUCUGCAUAUGAAUUUAAAUUCCAGUAAGUCUCAAAUACAUUAUAUUGGUUCAUGUUUAAUCCUCAUUAAAUAAAUGAGAGCUGAAAUGAAGAACAUGCCAAAUUUAAUGCUUUUAAAAAUAGAUCUAAUAGGAAAAUGUUUUCCACAUCACUUCUAAAUUUAAUGCUUGUAUCUCCUUCAUAGUUAUGAAAAGUUAUUGAGACUAAUUUUUUUUUCUGAACUAUCUUACAGGUAUGAGCAAGAGUUGUAAAGGUAUAUCAGAGAACAGAAUUUAACUGUUAGCACAUAAUUUUUCUGAUAAUGUUCACUUUCUAAAAGGCUUGAUCUCUCAAGCUGAUGAAUCCUCUCACCAGCUGCUAAAAUCUGUGGGAUCUGAGGUCACUCAGCACUUUGCAGAGUUGCACUGUAAAUAUUUCUGGCCUCAGAUAUUGAAUUCAGAUAAAGAAAUGAAAUAGUUUGCCUGAAGUUUUCAUGAACUAUCAUGUUGCUUUUAAAAAACAUUUAAGUCUUUUAAUCAGAUUUUAAAUGUUAAUUUCUUUUUAAACAACUCUACCAAGUACAUUGUAUAGAAACAGCAUUUAGCUUUGGAUAUGGGUGAUUGUUACUGAGAUCUAAGGAAAUGGUAAGAUAGUGAAGGCAGAAUUUGUCUUAUUUGGACAGCUAUAGAUACACACUGAAAAAUAUAAACAUCACUUAAAUCAAGUCUUUCUUUGAUCCCAGAAGGCAGUAUUUACUAUCUGGAUUUGGUGGUACAGUUUCUCUUGAUUCAUGACACUAGACUAGAAAUUAGGAAAUUGGAAACCAGAGUAGACUGGUAAGCAGUCUCACAGAAGAGUGGAGCUUGAAGUGAGAAAUGUUUUCUCCCAAGAAGAGUGGCACUUUGCUGAUGUGAUGAAAAUGUUACCAGCUAACUGAAAGCCAGUUUUGGUAUCUUUGCACUGGCAUCAAUCAUUUUUGUUACAGGGGUGAAGACAAACUUAACUCUAUAAUCAAACCAUAUAAACUUUUCUUAUUUAAAAAUUAAGAUGUUAAAUAAUGCUACUUGAGUCGGUUGUGGCACUUUACUUUUAUAGCUUGUUUUAAUAAUCAGAGUAUUAAUGUAUUACUCUUACUCUUUUUUUUUUCCACAAAUAUAAGCAAUACUUUUAUUUUUUACUACCAUUGAAGAAUAAUUAUAACAGACUGUUUUGAUUGCACAUGUUCAAAGUGAUGAGCCUUUCUAUUAUGAUCUCUUACAAAAGCUGCAGAGCCUACUAAAGUCAUCUUGAUAACUGCAAUAGCUGUUCCAAAUUUACCACUAAUCAUGUUGCAAAGAACUCUGCAUAAUAUUUCAGAUAGCGUACCAUUUCCUACUUUUUUAAAGACUACAUUAAUUUUCAUUUACUUCCGCUUUUUAAAACAUUCAAACACAUUAAACUUUGGCAAAUACGUAAUUUUUCUACUUCAAAAUGUUGCAUUAGUAUAAACAAUUUUGGUUAUGCAUUAUUUUGGAUCUCCUUUGACAAAGCACAUCUCAGGUCCUGUUAUUUGCUUUGUAAUAACAUUUAAUUAUUUGGUAGGUACAGUGUAGGAAGCUAGCAUAGUAAAUUAUUAGAAAUUUUUUUCUGCUGUACCACUUGGUACUCAAGGGCUACAUCCUCUAGUGCUACGUCAUCACUUACAUAUGUGUGUGGAUGACUGGGAGCCAUCUAGCAUUUGUAUAAAGUUUGAGAAAAUAUCUGCUAUUAAAUGCUUUCAUGUAGAAUGUAGAUAUGAGAGAAGGAAAUACUAUCCUAUUGUGUACAAUGGACUGAACUGCUUUUUCCCUGUUUUUCAAGGAUAUUUUUUUCAAGUUCCACAAAAUUAUGCCUUCCCUAAAAGUGUUCUGAGCAGCUUCUGCAUAAAAUCCAAAUAGCAAUGACAAUGACUUUUUGAGAGAAAAUUGGGAGUGCUCUUUUGACAUGACAUUAGUGUGCAACUGACAGGACAUUAUUAUGUUACGCAUCCAACUAUAAAUUUAUAUAUUGUCUAUUAAGCAGGAAGAGGAAGACUAGAGCUUCUAGAGAAUGCUCAACUGCUAUUUUGUUUUCCUGUGCUCUUUUAUAUUCUGCUCAGACAAGUCUAUGUUUUUUUAGUGGAAUCCAGUUGGUGGAUGCACACUUAGUGUUCACGAGAGGUGCUCUGUUAACACUUCUGCAGUAUGAGUUCAUUUAUUCAGUUCACAACAGGUGCAAUACAGGCAACAACAUUUUAAAUUGGCAUGUAUUACCCUGUUAUGGUGUUUCAUCCACUUACGAAAUGAGUUCAUUCAAUCCUUGCAUGGUACUAACUCAUCUAAUAAAAGCAUGUGUUUGUGUGCAAGGUAGCCACAUGUACAGGGAUUGUUCUGGAAGACACUCUAACCGUACAAUAUACUGGAAAAAAACCCAAAAUUCUGUGAUUUCCUUGAUUCAUCAGUGACUUGUAUGUAUUGAAAUCAACAACUUUUAGGUGAAUAGUUCUAUAUGCUGUUAAAGUUAAGCUAUAGUAAUAAUUAUGCUGUUCUCACUACCCAAGAGUAAUGAUACUUCAAGAAAGAAUGGUGCCAUUUCUUCCCUUCUCUAUUCUGAUGAUACAAAACUCAUUGUAAACCAAGGAUUGGCAGCCUUUCAAGGGUAAUCUGCCAGGCUGUACUUUUCUUUUUCAAAUUUGAGGUUAAACAUGCUGGUGGAAACUCACAGGGAGGUGGGAAGUUCCAUUCUGGCAAAUUACGGUAUCACACGGAUAAUCAGUGAUAUCUGAUGUGCAUGAUGCAGGGGCUUCUGGCUCCUUUGGACUUUGGAAGGUCUCCCCAAGAUGCAGUAGCUCUGAGCUCCUAAAACUUUCUUGACCUUGGUGUGUACAAUUUAAAAUAGGCUUGCAUGCUAUAGGCUUUUGGUUUCUGUUCCAAACCAAUUAAAAAAAAUCUUUGCAAGUAUCCUUACAAAGUAUGAGGUUAGUUCAAAUGCUAAAUAAAAUAUGAAGGACUUUGGAGAGUUAUCUUUUUAGAAAAAAAACAGAUAAACCUAAAUCUGUUUCUCAAAGUGGCCUUCUGUCGGCUUUUCUUCCAUAGAACUUGCAGUUACAUGCAGGAGUAGCAACAUGGAAACUAAAAAAGUAUAUUUUCAAAUAUAUAAGUGGAAGUUAGAACUCUAGCUUUUUUAUCAGCAUUUUUAUGGAUGUUUUGGAAUCUUCUAAAUUGUUAUGUUUUUACAGGAACAUGAUUGUACAGCUUACAUUCCAAGUUUGUGUUUCUAUAAAAACAUAGGAAGUUACAAAACCUAAUAUAAAAUUACUAUUUUUUAUAAGAUGUCUGAAAAAAGAAUUAUUUUUAAUGUAUUUACAUGCUGUCUUGCAGUACUGGGCACAGAAGCAGAACUGUUUUGUUCCAACAUUAAUGAAACUGAGAAAUUAUGGUAUGAACUAGAUUUUAAAAUUGAAUGUACAGUUUCAUGUACACUUUUUACUUCAUGUAAUCAAGAAGAUUGCAUAUGAUACUGUAAAUACAGAUUACUUGUGUACAUGGAAAUUUUAUUGAGACUAAAAGAUAUUGCCAAAUAUUUUCUAUUUCAGAAGACAGUUUUGUUUCCAUUUUAUAAAAUUCUUUCCUCUGUUUCUGCCUGUUCACAAAGACUUAAAGAAUUAUUUUAUUGUUUUGUUACUUGCAAUACAUAUUUGUAGAUUAAAACAAAUGUUCAAUUACAAUGUCUAUUUCCUUAUUCUUUUUUGUAUGUUAAUAAAAAUGAUUUUUCAAGCUUAUGAUACCAUGGAGUACAGAAUUAUAUUAUGUCACUAAGUCACAACUUUUUUAAUUUGGUAAAAGAUCAAAUUAUUAUCUUGAUUACUUUUUUUUGAAAACAGGUAAGAAUAUUUCUUAAAAUAUUUCUUUAAAUAUUCUAAGUAUUCCAUAUACUAUUCAUAAUGAAGCUCAAUUAUAAACAUACUUGGAAGUAGGGACUCAAAAUUUUGGUAGAAGGACUGCAUUUGUGUUGAGAAAUGUUUUUUGCUAAUUCUUGAUGGAAGCCUUGUAACUUCUGAACUGCUUUCUGCAUUGUAUGACAGUAUGAUGAACGCUUUUGAUCUCUGUAAAUCUAGUGGGCAAUAAUGAAGGGAAAAUUACUGUACAGGAAGGACUGGAGUCUAAGUCAACCAACUAGUCAACCAUUGCAAGUAAUGCAAAUAAUAGAAGAGAGGAGGUAAAAUGAGUAAAUUCAACUAUUACUGUACAGAUAUCAGAACUUUUAAAACAACAACGCCAACAAGGCUACAGCUAGCUCUGACAGAAGAAGUAGAAACAAUUGGCAUAAAUUUCAAUGAGCUCACUUACCUUUGGCAAAUGUGAUCAUCACAGACUACACCAACGUAUGUCAGCUUGGGGCUUGAGCUUACAGUCAUGUCCAAACUGCCUAGUCAUGUGUACUGACUACUCAUUGGCUCUCACCCUGUCUCUGUCAGGAGUGAACUAACUGGCUAUUUAGGCAUAGAAAUGUUUGCAAUUUUCCUUUCAAUUUUCACUAGUAUUUCAUUCCAACAAAAAAAUUUCCAUCUAACAGUAUUCAAAGUUUGCCAGAUAUUAUUAAAUAAUGUGAUUAAUCAGAUUUUCAAAUGUUUUGUAAGAGGCUGGUCCUUUUAAUUAUAUAUGUAUUCAAGUAGUGAUCCGCUAGGUGGCAAGCGCUACCAAAACUGCCUCUGUCAGAUGCUAGUCUAUCGUUGCUUUAAAUCAUACAGUAUGAUUUGGCUUAUGUGCCUUUAAAUAAAAUAAAAAUGUUAGUAGACAUAAAACGCAAUCAUGUCAGAAGGUAUAUAUUUAGUUUUAUUUUCUUUUAAAAGAGACACUUAAAAUAUACUUCAUCUCUCUGGCUGUGGAAAUUGUUCAUUACUGUGCUCUACUUCAGACUUCUUAAACUGCUGUUUUGUAACUUCUGUGUGAGUAUAAGCUUAGUUAAAAGAAGGAAUAAAGAGAACAUGAGAGCAUGAAAGUUUAGGGACAAGCUCAUAUAUAAGAGAAAAGUAGCAAGAAUUAGAAAAAAAUAGGGACUUCUAAUGCUUUUGCCAUUUGAUCUUGCAGUCUUACAUAAAAUUUGUCUCUUUAAAAUUUUCACUUUGAAAAAAUGAACAUUUGUGCCAAUUUCAAAUAAUACAAAAUAAAGUUUUCCCCUCUGACCUAUGCUAACAGUUUCUGUUCCUACUUUAUUCUGUUUGUGAAAACUGAUGAUGUAAGCAUGUUUGCUGACAUAUGCUUGUUCAAACCACUGAAAGUUAUUCUGUACAUGGUAUGGUGCUACUUCCUGAUCUGACUUGCUUGCUUGUCCUCUGAGGCUAUGUUUAUACUGAAAGAUAUUUUUUCUCCUACAGCUAACCAAUGACACUGAUUUUAUGGUGACAGUGGGAAUGCUAAUGUAGUCAGAGCAUUGUGUUUUUUUCCACAGAAUUAAUGAUUCAUGUUUAGGUCAAUAAAGUGGUAAAAUUCAGU